AUGCGACCUGUCGACGUAACUUCCGCGAUCGUCAAAAAACUCUUGGACACGGUGUAUAGCGCGCUAAAAAUUGCGGAUCCUGUAAAAUUCAAACUAUCGGUAAACGUGAGCGAUUCGGUAAGCGUGAGCAAAUACAAGACGAUUUUUGAGAAGGGUUACACGCCAAAUUGGACCACCGAGGAGUUUACAAUCGUUAAGAUGCAACAUACCAAUCCUGUAACCUAUUUACUGGAGGAUUAUCGCGGAAAAUGCGUCGCUGGAGCGUUCUACGAGCAUGAGUUGCAUCACGCUACUCAUCCGGACGUGUGUCUCGUGGAGAAAGUACUGCGCAGGAAGGGAGACAAGGUGUACAUUAAAUGGCUGAGAUUCGGUGGAUCGCACAAUUCAAGGAUACAUAAAAACAAUGUUAUUUGA